UUAUCAAUAAGUAGCGAUGAUUUUAUGAGUCCUUUAAAAACUAUAAUUAAGACAACUAUAAUAGGAAUAACAUAAUAAUUUAAAAAUACUCAGUACUUGAUUCGUGUCUUGACAAUUAAAUAGUUACUGUAUUUUUCGAUAUGAAAGCUGUCGAUACGAUUUUGUUCGAUGUAUCUAAAAACGAACUGUUUAAAAUAAGUGAAAACUAUAAGCUGCUUCAUCGUAAACUGAAAACAUCCUGGAAGGUUAUGAUUAAUCGGGAGGAGCUCUCGCAAAGCACUCUUCAAGAUGUGAAGCUCCUCGUUGUCCCCGGACCGCAGAAUGUGUUUACUGAUGACGAGUUCGCGGCCAUGAAGAGUGUAGUCGAAAGAGGCGAUUCGGUGCUGGUCACAAUGUCAGACGGCGGAGAGGAGAAGAUAAAUACGAACAUCAACUUCUUCCUAGAAGAAUUCGGAAUAGUCGUCAAUAAUGAUUGCGUUGUCCGAGCCAAGUUCCAUAAAUAUUACCACCCUAAAGAAUGUCACAUCUCGAAUGGAAUCCUGAACAGGGCCGUCGCCGCACACAUUAUGAAGACGCCGAACUAUGCGUGCGAGUCCGAUGAUUUUCUCGAGGAUCCAUCGACUCCGAAUUUUGUUUAUCCCUACGGCGCGACUCUAACCGUGAAGAAGCCCGCCGUGGCGGUCCUCUCGAGCAGCGACGUCUGCUACCCGGUCAAAAGACCUGUGGCCGCCUUGUAUACGUCAGAAAAGACGGGAGGAAAACUGUUCGUUAUCGGCUCCGGUCAUUUCUUUGCUGACCAAUACUUGGAGUCGGAGUGCAACGACCUCAUCAGGGACUUGGUGUUCGGCUACCUGACUGGAACAGUUGCUCUACAUUUGAACCCCGUCGACGCCGAGGAUCCUGAUAUAAACGAGUACCGGACGGUGGGGGACGUUUGCUGGUUGAGCUCCAGGCCGCUGCCGGAGCCCGCCGCGCCCCCUCCCCUCCGGGCGCCCCCGCACCCACACGCCCUCUUCACUUGGACACUCUUUUCCCUCAACUUGGCGCAUCUACCAGAAGUACUAGGACUGUAUGAAGCGUUAGGAGUCAAACACGAAGCGCUGAAGCUGAUCGCGCCCCAGUUCGAAACCCCGUUCCCGCCGCUGCAACUUGCCGUGUUUCCGCCCACGUUCAGGGAGCCCCCUCCGCCGCCGCUGGAGUUGUUCGAUCUGGACGAGGCGUUCAGCUCCGAGCGCUCGCAGCUGGCGAGGCUCGCCAACAAGUGUCUGCAACCGACCUCCAGCAGGAUGGGUCAGGGAGACGGGAGUCAGUUGGAGAAUGAACUGGAGUACUUCGUGCGCGAGUGUGGUCGCGCGGUGCGGCUGACGCGCGCUCAGCCUCCCGAGGAGGGACCCACCGCCAAGCACAUACUGCACCAGCUCGCUCUCCAACUCGCUACCUUCAAGAAGAUCUCGCCGAAAGACUAAAAUAUCUAAUCAAUCGGGUAACAAGUGAUCGAAGAUUGUUGUUACCAGCGGUAGGACUGUGAGUUGAACAGCCAUUGAGACCUGUUGCAAUCUGUCGUACUUAUCUCAAAGUAUUAAAUAUCUUUACCCAAAUCCACAAGAAAUCGAACUGCCUUCCCUGGGGAGCUAUUCUUAACCUUCUCGGCCCUAAGAGUGCUCCCACAAACAAUAUCUAAAACAGUUCAAAGUGCGCAGUGAUUGCGGAGGAGUUUCUCAUAUUCACUGAUUUUCUUACCCUACAUUCUAUGACACAUAUUUUUUGCUCUACAUUCUAGCCCAAAUAUCUCUUGCUUUACGCCCUAAUCUACAUAUUUCUUACUCCGCAUCCUUAUCCAUACAUCUCUUGCCCUACAUUCUAGUUUACAUAUUUUUGCUCAACUUCUAACCUACAUCUUUCUUGCUCUACAUCCCAAUCCACAUAUUUCUUGCUCUACAUCCUAAUACACACAUUGAAUAGCUACUACCUUGAGCCAACCUAGUUCUAUCGUUAAUAUUCGCUUCGAGUUGUUAAAGACCGGUGAGUGGAUGGCUAUAGAAAGUGAACUCUUCUUCCCAACAUAUAUCUCGUAUAAAAA